CUGUGUCUGUGCUGGUGUACGUCAGCCAGCGAGCACUACCAGAAGCACUAUACUGCAGAAGCAGCAGCACUACUUGUUCCCGGAGUGUCCCCUCUUCCCUUUCUCCCCAGUUCCGAACUGCUUCUCACUGGCGAGCGAUCCACCAGCAAACAGCAGUCCUGACAGUGCCCAACCAGUUCAGCAAUCAAAGAAUCGAGUCCGAUGGCCAACAGCCACCUCAACCAGCACCAUCAGAAUCACCAUCAGCAGCAACAACAGAACCAUCAACAGAAUCAGCAGCACCCGAACCACCCGAAUCAGCCCCAUCUCCUGAGCACCCACCACCACCACCUGGCCAAUGUGAUCUCUGCCAAGAUCGCCGACCACCUCCUCUUCACAGCAGCCACUGCAGCAGGACACCAUCAACAGCAGCACCAGCACCAGAAUCAUCAUCAGCAAUCAAUCGGAAUCGGUGCAAUGAACAGCAACAGCAACAGCAUCAGUGGCGGCGAUCAGCAGAACAGCGGCAGCGGAAGCGGCAGCAACAACAAACGAG